AUGGAGAACAACGGCGGCGAGUCACCUUCCGUUGGAGCCUCGAAGGUGAAGAAGGCCACCGAUUUCUUCCCAAACAAGGCUCAUGUCACCGACGCGCUCCGCACCAUCCUGGCCCGCCUCGACGCCUCAGACCCGGUGCUUGUCUACGAGAAACAGAUGCCGCCGUCCGACAGGAGCAAGGGCCAGAAUCGUCUACUCAUGUCGUGCAAAUGCGAAAGCAAGAGGGCCGCUUUCGCUAGCAUAUUCACGGAGGCGGAGAUGCCGCUGGUGCACCGGCCGCAGCCGCUGAAGACAGAGGACGAGAAGCACGACAGCAAAGACAAGGGCAAGGGCAAGAAGAAGAAGGAAGGAGGCGAGGACGACAACAACAGUAAGGUCUGCUGCGGCAACAACAAUGGCAAGCACAAGAUGACCGACGACGGCGGCGGCAAGGAGGACGCGGAUAAGGACGAUGAGCAGGGGAAUAAGCAGAGGAGCACGGUUCAAGGGCUUGCUGUGGAGGCGUACGACUGCGACGGCAGAGCGUACGAGCUCAACCUCAAGUAUCUAUCGUGCAACACCGCCUACAGGAUCAUAGGGCCCGACUAUACAGUUUUUCUGAAGAACAACGGCUUGUUGGUCGGUGGUGGCGGGGGCGUGACUCGAAAGCGAUCUGGGAAGCGAAAGAAACGCCGGAGCAGUUUGCCAGACGAGGAACCAGACGAUGAGCAGACAGCAGUGCGAGACGACGCCGACGACAUCCUCAUGGAGCUCUGGGCAUUCCGCUCGCCAAAGCUGUCAAUUGGGGAGAAAGACCAGCCGGACGGCGCGCUCGGGCUGUUGCUGCUGCACCACCGUGGAGGCGAGGCAGGGCAAGGGCAAGGGCAAGUCCGUGUUGGUGGCGCGGCAGCGACGGAGGAGGUGCGGGUUGCCGGGCCCCAAGAACCAGAGGUCGUCGUCGACGUUGAGCAGCCACAACAGAACAGUCAUGGCGGCAUGGCGACACAGGGCGAGGACAUGGUUGCCGCGGGAGAUUGUGCGGGGAACGCGGCGACCGUCGUGGAUGAUGCGACCGGCAAUAAGCUUGGCGACGCGGCGCCGCGGUCCACGCGGGAUAUGCCCCUUCGUCCGCUAGAGAGGUUGAUUGCAGUAUGGCUGAGUUUCCUCAGUUCCGAUGCUGAUCAGAGUCACACGGAUGUUAACGACAAUGGUGAGGCAGAUGCUCACGACAAGCAAGGGCCUAGCAAGGUUGAUCAGAGUGAUGAAGUCUAG